AUGAAAAAGUAAGACCAGCUUAAACCAACACAUAAGCCUAAAGAGUCCAUGAUGUCACUUAAUCAAAUUAAUUCUAGCUUGGAUCUAAGGUUUAACAAUAUUAUUGAUCAUUCUCCUUUUCCGGGAGAGAAAAAGAUCUAAAUUAUUGACUAUUUUGACUCAAAAACUUAUAGAGGGAAUAGCGUGGAGACUGACUACAAAAAUAAUAUGAGUACUGUUAAAAUUUAGAAACUUAUCUAGGCUAUACAUAAUGACAGUUCAGUAUUUAUCAAAAUUUUCAGAGAAUGUGCUCCAUCAAUCAACACAUAGCUUAUGGCAGUCAUUAUCUCUUUGUUAAUCUCACUUAAGCGGAAAAACUUCCUUAACUUUAUUGUGAAUAAUGAGUCGCUGAUAGAAUAGAGAAAUUAUAUAUUUUAAGACUUAAAAUCAGUAGUUUCACUCCUUGGAUUGAAUAACACCUUUACAACUGGAAGGGUAGAGAUUCGAAGAAUAUUUAAUGAGGGGGCUUCUUAUCUUGUUAAAGCAUAAGACUACAAUAGUUUCAAUGCAUUGAUUAAACAUUCCUCAAGCAGAUAUUUCUAUCUGCAUAUUAAAUAUGAGCAUAUAUAUGAUCUCCUUCAGUAGUAAGAUUUCGAAAUGAUUAAGUUGAUGCUUUGGAAUAAAAUAAUUGUAAUGUACUAGAAGAAUGAAGUUGAGAAAAAAGAUAAUAUGUAUGUCAAGAAAACUACUUAGGAUUCUUUUUAUAUUGAAAAUAACUAAAAUGAAUAAAUGGAAAGUUUCGAGAAAAUUUUCAAAGCAUCAGACAUAAUCGAGCAUAUCCUGAUGAUGGUAUCUAAGAAAAGAAACAAUCAAACUCAUACGAAUGAUAAACUUAUAUUAGUUAUUAAGAACUUGCCAAAUGAUCUUGACUUUCAAAGAAUAGUUAGAAUCGCUUGGGAUUACCAUUAAAAGAAUUUUUUGGAUGUAAUAUUGUCAUAGAGCGAGAUCAAUCUAGCAAUUAAAAAGGAAUUUACCUUGGAGUCCAUAAACUUUUUCCUCUAGAUUAAUCAGCUUGACCAAUGCUGCAUGAUAGUUCAAAAUCAUAAGAAAUUCCUAAAAGAAAGAGAAAGCAUGCUUAUUGAUUACUUAGUUUAGAGCUUCAAAUACCCAUCAUUCUAUGAAUUCAAGAUUUAUUUGAUCAAGUAGUUCUUUGAAUACCUCAAAUAUAGAUAGGUUGACGAUCUGCUAAAUAUAAUUGAGGGAAAUCUAAUAGGAAUAAAAGCAAGCGCUCUUUUCACCUAUAACUUAAAUCCGAUUAAAAUUGGCAUGAGUUUGUUCGAUCUACUGGUUUAAAUUGAAGGAAAGUUCAAAAUCUCAAGUUUUAGAGUUGAUAAGAUUAACGGUUAGAUAGAAGAAUGCAUCUAAAAAAUUAUUAGGGACAUCUCAAACUCUGAUGAGCUAAAGUAUCUCCUAAAGCAAAGAGAUUUACAAGGAAAUGAUAGUCUUUACUAUAUGUCUCUGCAUAAUGUCUACAGUAUCUUGGAUACAAAGUCAACAGAUAGAAUCAUUUAAGAUUUCUGGAAGAGUAACAUUGACGUAAAUGGUAAUCUUCUUUCCACCUCUACAAGCUUUAGACUUGUAGAAGAUACUUUAAACUAGAAAGAAAUUGAUAUGGAGAACUUUGAUAUAAUCAAGAAAUUUAAGAACUCUAACUCCCUAAAGUCUCAUCAAUAUCAGUAUUAAGUAUGGAAAAAAUCAAUGCAGAUAAGAUAUUUUUUCGAAGCAGCCAUGUUUCUGGCUAUCGCCAUCUUUUUCCAAAUUUAUAUAAAUAACUUCAAUAGCAAAGUACACACUGUAUCUAAUGAAAUGGAUGAGAUGGAUCAUAAUCCAAAUGCGACUUAUGAAGAAAGAGUAAAAGUAGCAAUGAGUUGGCGCAAAAAUCUUAAUGACUCUGGCGCCGAUAUUACUACAGCUAUGUAUGUCUCUAUAAUGAUGUUCAGCUUCCCAAUUAGAAUGAUUUAAACUUUCAUAUUUUCUAAAUUUUCUAAAAGAAAAUUCACCAUACUUAAAGGGAAUACUUUGAUAGAGAUGGGCUUCACAAUUUGCAUUUGCGUUUGGGUUUAUAAGUUUGCUGCAGCUAACUCAGUAUCUGGUGUGCCUGGGGAAUUCGACAAAGAUUUUAACAAGGUUCAAUUGUUUGUUCACAAUUCAGUGGAGGAGAUAGGUGAAAAUUCCUUCAGAUUUGAUAUCCUUCUCGCCUUUCACACUGGAUUUUUAUGGUUAAAAGUAUUGCUACUUUUGAAAUUAACUAGAUCAUUUGGACCAAUGUUAAAAAUUAUUGAGCAUAUGGUCCAUGAUUUCCUAUAUUUUUGUAUAAUCUGGGGUAUUAAUUUGGCAUUUUUUGCUUUUCUGGGUAUGCUUCUUUUCACAGAAAUACAUCUAUUCAAAAGUAUAGAUGAAACUUUGAUCAUGCUCGUGUAGAGUUCCUUAGGACAAUGGGACCUCAGUAUUUACGACAAUCUUUCUCUUGGAGCAAUCUACGGGAAAAUUUAUCAUUUAAUUUUUCUGAUAGUAAAUCUUGUUAUGCUUUUGAAUUUAAUGAUUGCCAUUCUCUCAACUACAUUUUCAAACUUGCAUUCGCUAUAACUAGCCCUUUAUUAUGAUGAGAUCAUUGAAGCAAUACCAUAAUACAAAUAUGAUAAGGUUUAUGGUUCUUUGAUAUGUGCUAUUCCACCUACAAACAUAUUAAUGUUCCCAUUUACUUUAAUAUAUUUUUGCAUAACUGACAAAGAUAAACUUACUCGGAUAAACUCAUUUUUGGUUAAAAUAGCUUAUUCUCCAAAAAUACUAAUCAUAACCCCCUUCUUUAUUGUUGGAAACUUAAUCUCAAUGCCUUUUGCAUAUAUUUUUACACUUUUGCAUUUAGUGAAAAAUUUAUUUAGCCACAAGUACAAAGAUAAGCAAUAAUUACUCAAGUAAACUGCUAUUUUCCUCACUCUAGGCCUUCCAUUUUUGAUCAUUACAUAGAUCACUGACUUGCUAGUAUUUAUGAAGCACCUAUUUUCGAGAUAAAAUGAAAGACUAUCUUAGUUUUAAAAGCCUUAAAUUUCUAAAAGAUCUAUAAAAGAGGCAUUUUUAAUAACUUAAAACUAUGUAUCUAAGAACAUUAACAUGGUUAAACAAGCAACUCUUGUUAAGGAACUUAGAGAAAAAUUGAAUAUUGAUCAGAAUAUAAUAUCUUUGAUAUAUGGUGAUUCAGCAUAGCUUUUUGAAAAUACUGGAAAACUUAAGGAAAACCCACUGUAACAUCACAUUUCUUAGAGUAAAGAUGAGCUUUUAAGGAAUCUAAAGAUAUUUAAUGCAAUAAAAUGCGUGAUAAAAAACUGUACUAACGAACUAAAUGAGACAAAUGUACUCCUAAUGCAAACCAUUUUAAAGGAAGUAUCCUAAAAGAUGAAACUAGAAAAUCUUAAUCAUCCUUUGAUAAAACAGAUAAGUAGUUUAAACACUACUCCUAAAAAUAACUCUGGCAAGUUAAAUAAAGUAUUAGUCAUUUACCCUAUAACUGAAAAAAAGAGAAAGAAUCAAAACGAUUACAAGAAAACUAAGAAAAAUUUAUUCCUUGAAUUUGCUUUUGUUAAUCCUAGAAGAAUCGUUGAAUCUUUAAACUCUGAAUAGGAAAGCAUGGCUUUUGAAAAUUAAAGACUUCUCACAAAUUUGACCAUUAUAUCUGAGUAAAUAUUGCAGAAUCAAAGAGCAACUAGUCCCUCUACAAUGUCAUCAAUAGAUUCAGCCAAAAUGAAGAAUAGACCACCAGUAAGAAAAUUAAUCACCAAGAAAGAUACGACUCCUUUAAUUAAAUUAACUAAAAAUAAUGUUAGCGAUAGAAGCAAUUGGGAAGAUUUAUACAGCUUGUACAGAGAUGAAUCCAAAAUUGAUUUUUGA